UUUUUAUAGGGGUCGUCCAUAUUGUUUUUGUUGUGAAAAAAUCACUAAAAAUUCUUGUUAUUAAUGCUAUUAUCGCAAAAUUCGCAUAUUUGUUUGUAAUUAAUGUGCGUUUUCUUUCGACUUAACAUUUUAACGUGCGUUAAUACGUCUCAUGUAGCGUAUGAUGCAGACUCAGCUGAGCGUUUGUAUUCGACGACGUGCAACAAGAUCGUCAAUACUCCAUCGUAUGUAAUCUCGACUAUGGAGAUAACAGUUUUUAAAUAAAAAUAAACUGUAAAACAGUAAAAAAAAUAAAGUGGAGAAAAAAAAUGGAACAACAAUUAUGGAUAUGGAUGUGGUGUAGUAUUGUAUUACUUCUAACAACUUGCAGUUGUGCUAGCCACAAAAAAUACGAAGAAACCAAAUGCCACUAUUACAACCAAACUUCUUGUGACAAACAUAAAAAUGAAAAAGAUUGUACUAGUGCUAUUCAAAACUGUAAAUCUGGAGAAAAUGAUAAACCAUCAUAUUGUUAUGUUGUUUGGACGAACAAUACUAAGACAAAUAAACUAGAAAUUAAUCUUAAGGGUUGUUUUUUGAACAAUGUUGAAUGCCAAGGCCAAAAACAAUGCAAAGACAAAAAAGAAGAAAUGAAACCUAAUGGCUUAAUGUUUUGUUGUUGCGAAGGUGAUUUUUGUAAUUCGGAAUUUAUGUGGGAUCCUAUACCUACAACUCCUCGAAUAGAGACUACAUCUGCAAAACCAUUACGUGAUGAGAAUGAAUUAAUACAUACUAUAGUGUUUUCUACCAUACCUCUGGUAGCUGUUGCAAGUAUGUUUCUAUUUGUCUAUUGGGUAUACAAACGAAGAAAAAUACCUCAAUUUUCUCAUGUUCCGUCGUCUGAUAGCUCCCACUUAGGAAAUUGUUCUCCAAUACUUAGCAAUCGUCCAAUACAACUCGUAGAAGUGAAGGCAAGGGGUCGCUAUGGUGCUGUUUGGAAAGCUCUUCACAAGAAAGAUACAGUAGCUGUUAAAAUAUUCCCUCCUCAGGAUAAAAACUCAUGGUUAGUUGAACAAGACAUUUAUCAACUACCACACAUGCAACACGAUAAUAUGCUAUCCUUCAUUGGAGCUGAAAAACAUGCUAGUGUUAUUGAAGGUGCCAAAAAUGAAUAUUGGUUGAUUACCGCUUAUCAUGACUAUGGAUCAUUAUGCGACUACUUGAAAUCUAAUAUAUUAACUUGGGAUCAGCUUUGUCAUAUUGCCCAGUCUAUGGCUAGGGGUUUGAUGCAUUUGCAUGAAGAGAUUCCAUCGGAACGUGCAGAUCACUAUAAGCCAGCCAUUGCUCAUAGAGAUUUUAAGAGCAACAAUGUUUUAUUAAAACAUGAUUUAACUGCCUGUAUUGCUGAUUUUGGUCUCGCUUUGGUUUUUCAGCCUGGCAAGUCGUGUGGUGAUACACAUGGGCAGGUUGGUACGAGAAGAUACAUGGCACCAGAAGUACUAGAAGGAGCGAUAAAUUUUUCCAGGGAUGCAUUUUUAAGAAUAGACAUGUAUGCAUGUGGAUUAGUACUAUGGGAAUUAGCAACCAGAUGUACAGCACAACAAGGUGCUAUACCAGAUUAUAGGUUACCUUUUGAAGAAGAAGUUGGGCAACAUCCAUCAUUGGAAGACAUGCAAGAAUGUGUAGUACAUAAAAAACUAAGACCUGCUUUUAAAGAUAGCUGGAAAUCACAUCCAGGUUUAAUAGCUCUGUGUGAUACAAUGGAAGAGUGUUGGGAUCAUGAUGCCGAAGCUAGGCUGUCGGCAUCAUGUGUAAUGGAACGCAUUACAUGGCAAUGCCGUCAAUAUAAUGGAACAGCUGUAACAUCGUUAGCACCUUAAAAUAUUUUACUUGUAUAAUAGCAUAAUAUACAUGCAACCUAGCUUCUGCAGAAGAAGACAUUGGUGUUUCCUUAUAUGUAAGUUAACUAUCUAAGUAACUUUGUAAACUCCUUAAUAAGUAAUUUGAUUGUUGAUGUACAAAAGUAGUAAGUGAAUACCUCCAGACCACCCACCGCUUCCCUCAUCAAAUGUUUUCUUUUUAACUUAAUCAAUAUUAUAGAUUAUGUUUUCCAUGUUCGGUGACAAUGUCUUGCGUAUUAUUAUUCAUGUAACCCUUCCAUAAACAAUAUUUUCUAUAAUUAUAGAAAAAACCCUCGUUUAAGUUAUGGUAAUGUAUAAUCAUAUACAAAACAAAAUAGGGAGAGAUUCUCCAAAAGAACAAUCACUUACUACUUAAAUAUAUUUAGGUAUAUAUCAGUUUUUUUCAUUAAUUGUCUUAAACAAUCCAGAGAUCAUACUAAAGGAGGAUCUGAAAUAAUUGUAUUCUGAAUAUUGGAAAAAAAUCAAUUUUGUUGGGAUUUAGUUUAAAUGAUUUAAACAAUAUUAUUAAAUACAUUUUGACUAAUACAAUUUAAUUACCAGUAAUUUGAUAUAUUUGUCAUACUGUUGUUAAUUCAGUCUAAAGACAACAUAUAAAAUAACUUUACUUUUUUAGUUGUCAAUAUUUUUCUCAUGAAUUUUCUUAUUUGUGUCACACAUGAUGUAUGUAUAACGUAUACAAAAUAUUUUACUAAAAUUGAUUUUCUCUAUUUGUAUGUGUAUCUUAAAUUAAUACCAUUAUAGUUAAUAAUUAUUAUAUUCUUCUACCUCAAGUUAUCCACCCUUAUAUAUAUUAAAAAAAAAAAAAUGUGCCAAUAAUUUUAAGGUGGUAUUUACUGAGUGUAAUAUGUAUAUUGUAUAUAAUAUUAGUCAAAAAUAAGUUUUUAAUUGUAUUUAUUAAACGAGUUUAUAGGAAUAUUUGUUAAUUGUAACAAAUCUAAAUGUUUAAGCUAAAAAUAAUUACUUAACAACAAUACUUUCACGUCCUAAUUUACUUUAUUAUUCAUAGUUUUUGCAAGUUUAAUUUUUAGUUACUACGAGUAACUAUGUUAGCAUAACGCUUAGUUUUAUUGUUAUAACAAUUAUUGUUAAUGUAUAAAGGGUGCCUCGAGUAACUAACAGAAAUAAUAAAAUGUAAAUUACCUGUAAUUUCUUAUGUAUAGUUAAAAUAAACCUAAUAAUAUAUUGUUACCUAUGCCAAUAUUAGUUUCAUAAACAAAUUGUACAAUAUUUUUCAUUUGAACUACCUAAAUUAAUUGCAAUUUAUAUGACAUGUUAAAGUAAUAAAAUAUAUUAAUUAACAGAAUAAAGAAAAUCUAUUUUAUCGAGCACCCCUUAUUUUUGUGUGACGGGGGGAGGGGGUAAUUAUUUUUAGCAUAAACUCAAUGUGGUUUUCUAUAACAAAUUACUGGAUAUUUUAAAUAUUUUUAAAUUUGAUAACUUAAAUAAUUCUCAAAUUGUAUUUUUUAUUUUAAAAAUACCAACAGGCUAGUGAACACACGACAAAACAAAUUUUAAAUUACAAUGAAAAUGUAAUAAUAAGAAUACCUACUGUUUCCUCAUGUUCUGAAUUAUACAUUAUUUAAACUUGUAAAUUGUAGCUAAGUAACUAUUUCACAUCAUUUUCAUUUUCCCUCCCUUGGACUCGUUUCAUUAUUGUUGCCAUGUUAUAUUUAAUCUUAAUUUAAUUUAAUCUGUAAAUGUGCUGUAUUUUAUUUAAAAGAAUAUAUUAAUAUAAUAAUUAUGUUUAAGGUUCUAAAAUGUCUAUAUAAGCCUAAAACGAAGUUAAUGACACAGGUAUUGAAAUAUUAUAGCUAUAGGUAUUAUAGCUAAGAUAUUAUUGUAUAAUGUGUAGAUAUUAUAUAAACAGGGCCGGCCAGCAGAAGCUAUGGGUGAUGCGAGGAAUUGCCCAGGGGGUCACCCACAAAAAGGCUCAGAAUUCAAAAAAAAAUAAUAUUUUUAUUUUAUUUUAAGAUUUAUUAAAAUACAAUUUUACAUUUUAAUUCAUUUUUUUAAUUACCUUUUGUAAUUAUGAGUUAUUUACUGAAAUAUUGUAAAUGAUAAGUGUAAUAUGCAUAAUCUAAGUUAUAACACUAAUAAUAAUAUUUUACAGAUAUCAUAUAUCAAGCUAUUAUUUAUGAUAGUUGAUAGAUACUUUGAACUUAUUGAUCUUGAUGGUAACAUUAUAAUAUAGGUACCUAUCAAUUACCUUAAACUAUUUCUAAUAAAAUUAAUGUUAAUUAUUUUUGGAACAAAUAAAGUUUAGUUUCAAGUGGCUUACAUUUUGUAUUUGUUUGUAGCCUGAUUCCUAAUGUGUAUUUAGCCCCAAAAAUGAUGAAACAUCCAAACAGCCCAACAGUCUAAAUAAAUUAAAUAUAAAUAAUACUGGACUAAAUUGAAUUGUUCUUGUUAGUGGAUACUUACACGAAUAAAAACGUAUCAUGUUAGAAAAUUGGAGCGGCCCUGUAUAUGAAAUAUUAUAAAUUCAUAUUUAAUUAGCUUGUUUAUAUUUGAGAUUACAUUAUGAAAAUUACUUAAAAUGAAAUUAGUGUAACAAUUUUAGAUUUUUAUCUGUCAUUGUUGUUAAUUUUUGUUGUUUGUAUUUGGCUAUGUAUAAUUGUUUAAUCAACUACAUCUAGGUACUAAUAUUGUAUAAAAUAGUUCCUUUAUUAUAAAUAAAUCUCUCUCCUUUUUUAUUUGUAUUUUAUAAUUUAAAUUAUUAUAAUUUUUUUUUUGUUCCUUACAAAAUAUUUUAUAUAAGUUAGUACAAUUACAAGCAAACUCCAAGACUGCUGCUUCAUACACAAUAGUUGUUUACAUUCAAAAAUAAAUCUGCACAUAUUUUUUUUUACAUGAUUAACUACAUAAAUAAUGUACAUAGAAAAACAGAAAAAAUUGUAAAGUAUUUACAUUUAUAUUUUAAACAUUGUUAAAGAGUGUUUAAUUUUUUUAUUUUUCAAAUAAUGCAGACUUUAUUUUAUUACAACUAUUACAUUUAUAUGACGUGUAAUACCGAUAUGUUUAUAUAUGUGUGUACCAGUGAGUGUGUGUACGUGCAUUUAUGUUUAUGUGUUUAAUAUAAUGUAAAGCUUAUAAUAAUUUUUGUUCUCCUUUUUUCACGGUACAGGGUGUGGAUAUUUUGAAGGUUUUGUUUUAAUGGAUGAUUUGUUGCCAAUUAAAUUAAAAAACUAAAUACAAAUUUGUGAAAGAGGGCAAAAAUAUUAUUUUAAUCAAAUAAUUUUUAUUUUUUAAAUUUUUUGUGAGUUACCUUUUUAAUGACUCACUAACGUCCUUGUAGCAUUUAAAAAGACAUGCAAAUUUGGAUAAUUAUAUUCCUUGAUUGGUCCAAAACAAUAUUUGUAUACAAAUGUAAUGUCAUAUUUUCAUUAAAAAACUAAAGUAAUUAGUAUAUUUAUUUCAUAAAUUAGUUAUUAAGUUUUUAAAUAGUUGAAAUGGAAAAAUAUUUACCGAUUUAUUUGUUUAAUCGAAUUGUAAAUAAAUUAAUUGUGUGUGUAAUAUAAUUAGAUUUAAAUACCUAA